AUGUUAUUAAAAUUAGUAUUAAUCAUUUGCUUAAUCUUAUCAUUGUCAUUUGUACAUGCCAAUGUUGCUACUGAACAUAAAGAACCAACUGUAUUAAAGAACCUAAAAUUCACAGCUACUACAGAUGGCGCUAGCGGUCGUUCUGAUAGUGGUAGUGGUAGUGGCAGCUGGAGUGGACAACCAUGUGCUACAAGAGACCCAAAAAAGAAUGGAAAAGAUAAUGUUGAUGGUGUAACCUUUUGUGAUGGUGAAAAUGGUCACUUCCACACUUCUACAGGUUAUUCAAGUGGAACAGGCGGUAACUCUGGUGAAACAAGCGGCAGCGGUAACACUGGUAGAUACCCAGAUACCACAACUGUUAACGACGGUGUCACCUACAAAGCUAAUAAAGUAUAUGGUUCAAGCUCAACAACCACUGGUACAAACAAUAAUUAA